CCCAGGGCGGGGCCUGGCCGAAGGCUGGGUCGGCCUGAGGGUGGGGCUUUCAGGAGCGCUCUCCGGAAGCGCCGCGUUGGUGUCCGGGAGAGGCGUUCCAGUGGUCGCUGCCGUCGCUACCUGUGCUGCGUCAGUCAUGCCGAAGCACGAGUUCUCCGUGGACAUGACCUGUGAAGGCUGCGCUGAGGCGGUCUCCCGAGUCCUCAACAAGCUGGGAGGAGUGGAGUUCAACAUUGACUUGCCUAACAAGAAGGUCUGCAUCGAGUCUGAGCACAGCACAGACACCCUGCUGGCAACCCUCAACAAAACAGGAAAAGCUGUUUCCUACCUUGGCCCCAAGUAGCCGGGACCCGGGAGUCCCUCCAGAUGUACUGAAGAAGUAGGUAGGUUGUUGAUCUGGUCUCCCGGCAGAUCUGGAACACCCGAUGUCCAGCUCAGCCGUGGAAUUUCUGCCCAGACAGGCCCUCCCUGCCUGCUCGCUGCCAGCCUCCCUGCAAUAAAGUCAAGCUGCAUUUGUUGAAGAA